AAUAUAUUAAAAUUAAAAGGAAAAGAAAAGAAAAGUUUUCAAGUAAAAACAAGAGCAAACAAAGGGUAAAGCCAAGUCAACGGUCUAAAAAGGCCACUCAAAUGGUAAAGACUCCAUUUUUCUUCUUCUUCUUUUCGUUACUUUUUGGUAGCUUCUUCCUUCUAAUCCCAAAAAUAUAGAGAAAAGGGUACUCAAAAAGUGUCGUCAAAGAUCUCUCUGCAAUCAAAAUCUCAAACCUCAAAUCAUUUCUCUGUUACCUCACACUAGCUGAAGAUUAAGGAUCUGAGUUUUGGAUUUGGAGUGUUAAAUAACAAAGUGUUGUCAUUUCUAGUAUAUUGGGUUUUAUCAAUCUUGUUUUGUCCUUUUUUUUUCCUUUCCUUGGGAGAGAAGAAGAAGAAGAAGAAGAAAACAAAGACCCUUGUUUUCAUUUUCAUAGAUUUACUUGGGUUCUUGUUCAGCUCUCUACUUUAUCUGAAUUUUGCUGGUUUUUGGGUGUCUCUGGGUGUACAUCAUACAGUUUCUCUUGAGGUUUGGAAAGAAUUGUUGUCUAAUUUAGAUGGGGGCUUGUUGGAGCAACCGAAUUAAGGCUGAAAGCCCUUUUCAUACAGGGUUUAAUUCCAAGAGCACGAGCUCCAGUGGCAAAUCCUCAUCAUUUUCUUCAUCAAUGACACCUAGAAGUGAAGAUGAUAUCUUAAGGUCCCCAAAUGUAAAGAGUUUUACCUUUAAUGAACUCAAAACUGCCACUAGAAAUUUCCGACCGGAUAGCGUGUUGGGCGAGGGUGGUUUUGGUUCUGUAUUCAAAGGUUGGGUGGACGAGCACACGCUUACUGCCACCAAGCCUGGGACCGGAAUAGUAAUUGCUGUGAAGAGACUCAACCAAGAAGGGUUUCAAGGUCACAGGGAGUGGCUGGCAGAGAUCAAUUAUCUGGGGCAGCUACAUCAUCUUAAUCUUGUGAAGUUGAUUGGUUACUGCUUUGAGGACGAUCAUCGACUCUUGGUGUAUGAGUUCAUGCCUAAGGGAAGCAUGGAGAACCAUCUUUUCAGGAAGGGUUCUCACAUUCAACCUCUUUCAUGGAAGCUGCGGAUGAAAAUUGCCCUUGGUGCUGCAAGAGGGCUUGCCUUUCUCCAUGGCGCUGAAACAAAAGUCAUUUAUCGGGACUUUAAGACUUCUAAUAUUUUGUUGGAUUCAAACUACAAUGCCAAGCUGUCUGAUUUUGGGUUGGCGCGUGAUGGGCCGACUGGUGACAAGAGUCAUGUAUCUACUAGGGUCAUGGGAACUUAUGGCUACGCUGCACCAGAAUAUUUAGCCACAGGUCAUCUCACUGCAAAGAGUGACGUAUAUAGUUUUGGAGUUGUUCUUUUAGAAAUAAUUUCCGGUCGACGUGCCAUAGACAAGAACCGUCCAACAGGACAACACAACCUUGUUGAGUGGGCAAAACCGUACCUGACCAACAAACGAAGAGUUCUUCAUGUCAUGGAUGCUCGUCUAGAAGGCCAGUACACCCUUAGCUUGGCCCAAAAGGCAGCUAACCUUGCUCUUCAAUGCCUCGCAAUAGAACCCAAGUAUCGACCAAACAUGGAUGAGGUGGUAACAAUAUUGGAGCAGCUCCAGGAUUCAAAAGACAAUCCUAAAGGCACUCCAAAAGAGCAGCGCGUAAACAGUGAUGCUCAUAAAUCCAGCCGAAGCAGCUUGAUAGAUGGUUCUAAACUCAAUACUUCUUAUCCCAGGCCUUCUGCUUCUGUGCUUUACAGUUAGGAGAAUUUUGUUGUGUAGCUAUCAUAUGACUUCUUAUUAGAGUUCAAAACAUGUUCAUAGAGAAGGUUGUUUACGAAAUGUAUAGUUUUUGUUUAAAUGGAUGUAUGUAUAUGUAAGUCUGCCAUAUAAAAAUGUUUAUCUGAAUUGAUCAUGCAAAGUCCUGAUCAUGGUUUUAAGUAUUUGUUUAACUACGUUUGCAAUCA